AUCAAGAUGGGGACUUGUCGGGGACGAUUUCCCUUGUUAUGACCCAGUGUUGUAAGAGAAUAAAAGACACAGUGCAGAAGCUGGCCUCAGACCACAAGGACAUCCACAGCAGUGUAUCCAGAGUUGGAAAAGCCAUUGAUAAGAAUUUUGACUCGGACAUCAGCAGCGUGGGGAUCGAUGGCUGCUGGCAGGCUGACAGCCAGAGGAUCCUCAAUGAGGUGAUGGUGGAGCACUUCUUCAGGCAGGGCAUGCUGGAUGUGGCUGAGGAGCUCUGUCAGGAAUCUGGUCUGUCAAUAGAUCAAAGUCAAAAAGAGCCAUUUGUGGAGUUAAAUCGAAUAUUGGAGGCAUUAAAAGUUAGAGUUUUGAGACCUGCACUAGAGUGGGCGGUCUCCAACAGAGAGAUGCUGAUGGCACAGAACAGCUCCCUGGAAUUCAAACUGCACAGGUUGUAUUUCAUCAGUUUAUUGAUGGGUGGCACAGCAAAUCAAAGAGAAGCACUGCAGUAUGCCAAAAACUUCCAGCCCUUUGCCCUGAAUCAUCAGAAAGAUAUCCAGGUUCUGAUGGGCAGCCUGGUGUACCUGCGGCAGGGCAUCGAGAACUCGCCCUACGUUCACCUCCUGGAUGCCAACCAGUGGGCUGACAUCUGUGACAUCUUCACCAGGGACGCCUGUGCUCUCCUGGGGCUCUCUGUGGAAUCCCCUCUCAGUGUUAGUUUUUCAGCAGGUUGUGUAGCAUUACCAGCUCUAAUCAACAUCAAGGCAGUAAUUGAGCAAAGGCAGUGCACAGGGGUGUGGAACCAGAAGGAUGAACUCCCGAUUGAAGUGGACCUCGGUAAAAAGUGCUGGUAUCAUUCAAUAUUUGCCUGUCCCAUUCUUCGUCAGCAAACAACAGAUAAUAAUCCACCUAUGAAAUUAGUCUGUGGUCAUAUUAUAUCCAGAGAUGCUUUGAAUAAAAUGUUUAAUGGCAGCAAGUUAAAAUGCCCCUAUUGUCCAAUGGAACAGAGCCCUGGAGAUGCCAAACAGAUAUUUUUCUGAAGAAAAGUUACAUUAUGCAGUUUGUAAGUGACACUCUGGAUUUCAGGUGCAUUUCAGGAGAAGUAAAACACUCUUGUUCCCUUUUAUGCAGCAGACUGAGGACUCCUAUGUUUGUAUAAGCUAAUGCUACAGAAACUUUGCCAACAUUUAGUAUAUACAUACCAAGUGGAAAUGCUACAGAAAUAUUAUUACCAUAGGGCUCUACUAUACUCUUGGUCUCCAUACCUGAUCAAGUUACUACACCAGCAGUUGUCAUUCAAUGCAGGUUUUUGUACUUAAUUCUAUGGUGACUUUUUACUUUUUAAAAGCAGAAAUUGAUCACCCCCAUUUGUUUAAUAUUCUUCCUGCUAUUAUUCUAUCAUUUUAUUGAUAACUGUCAUCUUAGAGAAUGUUUGUGGACAAAGUUUUAUUUCCUGUAAUGUGUACAUAAUUAAAGGUAAAUACUUCAGAAAAAAAAAAGUUUGAUAAAUUGAAUAGUCGUUAUAAAACUAAUUUGUAUUUUUUUCGCUGAAAAUGCUGUGAUAUAUUCUGAGUUUUUCUUUCAAACAUUUUUUCAACUUUUACAUAGAAUUCAAAGUAAAUGUGCAUAUAUAUAAAGUAUAUAAAAUAUAUAGCCCCAAGGGGCUACCUGUUGAAAUCCAUCACUAAUUUAUAAGGGUGAUGUGUGGCUAAACUGCUACUGGGGCAGAAGAGAGGGAAUAGGAAAUCCUGUUCCUCUGGUUUCACGAUUGACAAGCGUUUGUGUAAGAGAACAUUCAAUAAAUUCUGAAGUGGAAAUGCUUUUAGUUGAUGCCAUUUGCUCUCUGGCCUUUGUAGUCAUGUUCUUUGAACUUUGUAUUCAGGAUUAGGCUAUAAAUGUCAUGUUGCUGUAUAGUUUAAUAGUCAUUAUAGUGUGCUAUUUAUAAACAGUUAUCAAA